AUGUCAGCAAAUAGUGAAAUGCAAAUUCGUCGUACACCAGCAUCACGUCCUGUUGGUUCAACAACGCAUUUAUCUCCAAGUGGUACAUCAAUCUCAUCAACGGGUAGCAAUAAACGAAAAGCUGAAUCGAUUUUAUAUAGUGAUACAGCUGUUCGUUUUAAUGAAAAUAGCCUUGAACAAUGUCGUACAUCUGUUAGUGCUUUAUCCGGUUGUGUUGCUGGUAUUAUUGGUCUUACAUCAUAUAAAGGAUUUGUUUUUUAUGGUUUUUCAAUGCUUCUAUUAUCAUUAAUGAUAUUUGCCUUUAUUCGACAUGAACAUCGUAGAUUUUUUACAAAUUUAAAUCAUGUUUUUGUUAAUGGAUUUUUUAAUGGUCUAUUAACAUAUGUACUCUUUUGGACAUUUCUUUAUGGAAUGGUUCAUGUUUAUUAG